AUGCCUGAACAUGAACUUACUCUCAAACUGUAUACGCCUAUCAUGCUGCUUCGAAACAUUGAUCCGCCGGCUGGUAUGUGCAAUGGAACUCGGUUGAUGAUAACAUAUCUUGGGCAGAAUGUCAUCAAAGGAAUUAUACUCACUGGUACACACGAGGGCACAGUGGUUGCUAUACCGAGAAUUGCUCUCAACUUCAGCGAUCCAAAAUGGCCAUUUACAUUGAAGCGUAGGCAGUUUCUGGUUCGACUCUGCUAUGCCAUGACGAUCAAUAAGAGUCAAGGCCAGACUCUAGAAAAAGCAGGGGGUUUUCUACCGAAGCCUAUUUUCAGCCAUGGCCAGUUGUAUGUUGCAGUUUCUCGAGUUCGAUCAGCAGCAGGCCUUAGAUUCCUCAUACAUAACGAUGAUAGCCUGCCAUCGGACUGUACCAAAAAUGUUGUGUACACUGAGAUUUAUGAUGAACUAUCGUUCCCUGGUGAGUUUGAACACCUUUAA